AUGCCGUCGAAGAUUGUUGAAAGGAAAAGGAAGGCACGAGAUGGUGUCAGUGUAGCUGAGAUACUAAAGAGAUGGAGAGAGUACAAUGAGUCUACAGAAGCUUCUUCUUCUUGCAACGAUGGUAACGGUGGUCUCAAGCCGACGCGAAAGGCUCCUCCAAAAGGUUCGAAGAAAGGUUGUAUGAAAGGCAAAGGAGGACCUGAGAACGGGGUUUGUAAGUACAGAGGUGUUAGGCAGAGGAUUUGGGGGAAAUGGGUUUCUGAGAUCCGUGAGCCAGGUAGGGGUGCUAGGUUAUGGCUCGGUACUUUCCCUAGCGCGUAUGAAGCUGCGUUGGCUUAUGACGAGGCUGCUAAAGCUAUGUAUGGUCAGUCUGCAAGACUCAAUCUUCCUGACUCUUCUUCGACUGUUGCUACUGUCUCUGGCUCGGUUACUACAUUGUCAGGCGAGUCUGAAGUUUGUGCUUUUGGGGAUGCGAAUUUGGUAAAAGUGAAAGUAGAGGAAGUUAGCGAUGAUGAAUGUGUUCCGUUGAGUAGCUCUCAGUGUGUUAAAGAGGAAAUGAGGGAGGUUGAUUCAGCUGAUACUCUUGGACUGGAGCCGAAAGAGGAGGAGUUGGAUGAGUGGUUAAUGGGAAAUGGCAGUGAGCUACAACCAUGGAACUUUGGUGUGGACGAAGUGUUUGAUGUGGAUGAGCUGUUGGGUUUACUGGACGAGAUAGAUGAGACGCAGUUUCAAGAUGCUAACUUGCUCGGGAGCCUUAACCACACUGAGAUUGCUCAUCCUCUUGUGCAGCAGCCGAGUGAUGUGGAGAAGAACAAUGGUGUGGAGUUAGACCGUGGGAGGUUUCAGGAUCUUGACAUACAUGAAAUGGAUUUUGAAGGAGUGGAAAAAGAUGUGCACGGUGAGAAGUAA